UCUCUGCGCCCGGAUGCACAGCCUGAUAACUGGGAUGGCAGGAGGGCGGAGCAACGGGGACUGUGAAGGUGGCGAGGAACUGGUGUAGCUGCCCGGCAGGGCCAUUGCGGCCGCGAGCUCAGGGGAGUCACGCGUCCUGCCCCGUCGCCAGGCGGGUCCCCCCGCGCUCGUGGCCGCCACGCCCAUGAAUCAGAAGGCUCGCGCUGCGCUGCUGCCUCUGCAGGACGUCGGAGACACGGCCUAGGAAGCAACGAACUGUGUGACGGAUGAAGCCCUGUGCAGCCAGUAGUUCGGACUUUAUCCUGAGAGAAAUAAAGCUACAUCCAGUAAUAAAGGCUUUCCUGUGUGGCUCCAUCAGUGGGACCUGUUCCACCCUACUUUUCCAGCCUCUGGAUCUCCUUAAAACACGCCUGCAGACUCUCCAGCCCUCAGACCAUGGGUCCAGACGCAUUGGGAUGUUGACUGUACUCUUGAAGGUGGUUCGCACAGAGAGUCUUCUGGGCCUUUGGAAAGGGAUGUCCCCCUCCAUCAUGAGAUGUGUCCCUGGUGUUGGAAUCUACUUUGGCACCCUCUACUCUCUGAAGCAGUAUUUCCUGCGAGGCCAUCCUCCCAGUGCCCUGGAGUCAGUCAUGUUGGGCAUGGGCUCUCGAUCUGUUGCAGGGGUGUGCAUGUCACCCAUUACGGUGAUCAAAACACGCUAUGAGAGCGGGAGGUAUGGCUAUGAGAGCAUCUGCACAGCCCUGAGGAGCAUCUAUCGCAGCGAGGGCCACCGAGGCCUCUUCAGUGGCCUGACAGCCACACUCCUUCGUGAUGCGCCCUUUUCAGGAAUCUACCUGAUGUUUUACAGCCAGACCAAAAGCAUAGUUCUCCAUGACCAGUUGGAUGUAGCCUUUGCUCCCAUUGUGAAUUUCACCUGUGGUAUAUUUGCUGGUAUUCUGGCCUCAUUGGUAACUCAACCUGCAGAUGUUAUCAAAACGCAUAUGCAGCUCUCCCCAGUGAAGUUUCAGUGGAUUGGCCAAGCAGUAACACUCAUUUUCAGAGACUAUGGGCUGCGUGGUUUCUUUCAAGGCAGUGUUCCCCGGGCCCUCCGCAGAACUCUGAUGGCAGCAAUGGCAUGGACAGUCUAUGAAGAGAUGAUGGCGAAGAUGGGCCUGAAGUCCUGAGAAGAAAGGACUGGAAAGAGUGUACAGUCGUCCUGCUUGGUUGCUGCUUCAUCGCACUCUGCAGUCAGGUGCAGUCCUGCCUGGAGAGCCAGGCAGAAACACUCCAGCCUCCAUUCAGGAAGAGAGAGGGUCUGUCUGACUGGAGCCCUCUGUCUUGCUGAAGUGGAGUCACCAGUACACACAGCACCCUCCCUGGGUUAGGGUUAGGGUUAGGGUUAGGGUUAGGGUUAGGGUUAGGGUUAGGAGAAAGACCUGCACACCCCACAGAGCUCCUGGAAAGGCAUUUCAGAGAGAUCAUUGCCAGGUAGCAUCACCUCCCUGCCCGGUCUCCUUUGGGAUGUGCUUGUGUAAGGAAUCAUAGUACAGAGUCCUCCUGCCUCUCUGAGGAGCUGCCAUGGGGAGACUGUGUAUGGUGCCUGUCAUGGUCAGCGGGCUGACAAUUGUGUCGGAGGUGCUGUCCUGAGGAGGAAGAGCUGAAGUCAGUAUUUGAUUGAUCCCUGGCCAAUUCAGCCUCUGCACAAUGAGGGCAGUGACUUACUGGCCUUCAAAUGAACAAAGAAACCUGUUUGAUCUUGGCCCCUGCAAUAUGUAAAUCUAAGAUACUCUUAAAAAAAAAAUCUAAGAUACUCUGGCAUUUUCCACAGCUGAAGUUCAGAUGCAUAAAGUAAAGCACUUCAUCAGUGAAAGUUGUUUGGGAAACCUAAAUAGUGUAUUUUAUCACUCUGUUGGAAAAUAACAAAAUAGUUCUUGGGUGGUUAGCCAUUGACCUAUGGAGGUCUCUAACCAAAAACCUAUUUAAAAAAAUAAAACAACUUUAUUUUACA